AACAAUAAAAUAGGAUCUCCGGAUAAUUAGCCGCUUCUAUAUAAAAAGUGAGUUAGCGAAGCAGAGUGAGCCAAUGCUCACCUCAGACUGAUUAUUAUAACUCGAUCGUCUUCUUCUUCGGCUUGAUGGAAACAGAAAGAAUGUCUCCACUCUCAGAUCUCCUGAACCUCAACCUCGACACCAAGCAAAUCAUCGCUGAAUACAUAUGGAUCGGUGGGUCUGGAAUGGACAUUAGAAGCAAAGGCAGGACAUUACCAGGACCUGUAAGUGAUCCAUCAAAGCUUCCGAAAUGGAACUACGAUGGAUCCAGCACCAAUCAAGCCGCCGGAGAUGACAGUGAAGUCAUUCUAUAUCCUCAGGCGAUUUUUAAAGACCCGUUCAGGAAAGGGAAUAACAUUCUCGUGAUGUGUGAUGCUUACACACCGAAAGGAGAUCCAAUCCCGACCAACAAUAGGCACAAAGCCGUGAAAAUCUUCGAUCAUCCCAAUGUGAAGGCUGAAGAGCCUUGGUUUGGGAUAGAGCAAGAAUACACAUUACUUAAGAAAGACGUCAAGUGGCCAUUGGGUUGGCCCCUUGGUGGCUUUCCUGGUCCUCAGGGACCGUACUAUUGUGCGGUCGGUGCAGACAAAGCCUUUGGUCGUGACAUUGUGGAUGGUCACUACAAAGCUUGUCUUUACGCUGGUUUAAGCAUAGGUGGUGCCAAUGGUGAAGUCAUGCCUGGUCAAUGGGAGUUUCAAAUCAGCCCUACUGUUGGUAUUGGUGCAGGUGAUCAGUUAUGGGUUGCUCGCUACAUACUCGAGAGGAUUACUGAGAUAUGCGGCGUGAUUGUCUCAUUUGAUCCCAAACCAAUCGAGGGUGAUUGGAACGGAGCAGCUGCUCAUACAAACUUCAGUACAAAAUCAAUGAGGAAAGAAGGAGGAUUGGACUUGAUAAAAAAAGCAAUAGGGAAGCUUGAAGUGAAGCAUAAACAACACAUUGCUGCUUAUGGUGAAGGCAAUGAGAGGCGCCUCACUGGGAAGCAUGAAACCGCAGACAUCAACAAGUUCUCUUGGGGAGUUGCGGAUCGUGGAGCAUCGGUGAGAGUGGGAAGAGAUACGGAGAAAGAAGGGAAAGGGUAUUUUGAAGAUCGAAGGCCUUCGUCUAAUAUGGAUCCUUAUCUUGUUACCUCCAUGAUAGCUGAAACCACCAUCCUCGGCUAAGCUUUCGUUUGAAGUUGUUGCAUACGUUCUUUUGUUUCUUCAUGUUUCGGUUUAAUUUCAGUUUGAGACUCUUUUUUUUAUUGCUAAUAAUUCAUGGGAUGGUCUUGAUCCUAUUGUUUGUUUAUCCUGGUUCAGUUGUUUGUGUUAAAACAAAAUUGAAUUGGGAAAAUUGAAUUGGCAAAAUAAAGGUUCUUAGUUCUUACUUUUUAAAGUAUACUCUUAAUUAAUUUGCUCCAGCAGAUACAUGUAUUAAGUUGGUAACCUUAUGCAAAUACUUCAAAUAUGGCCCUGUUUGUUUUUACAUCCAGAUGAUCCAUCUGGAUGGAGAUGUGAUUGUUGUUUGUUUAGACACUAAAAAUACAACUCAUUCAGAUGGACCAUCUGGAUGACUUUCAAAAAUUUAGCUUUAAUUUCAUAAACCAGCUGGAUGGACCAAAUUGAACCAGCUGACUUGAGAUGGUUUAGUCAAAAUGUCAAAAUGUCGAUUUUACCCUUCAUAAACUUCAAAAAUUACAAACCUAAUUAUCCUAAUUCCUCACUCUCGUAUCUCUCUCUCUGCCGUCGACGAAACCUUCCACCAUCACAUCUCACACUCUCUCUCUCUCUCCAUGAAUGGAGGUUGAUCUCUCUCUCUCUCUCUCCUGCCUGUCUCUCUCUCUCUCCGCCUCUCUCUCGUCGGAUCUCUCUCUCGCCGGAUCUCUCUCUCCGCCUCUCUCUCGCUGCAGCUCUCUCUCUCUCUCAAGUAUCUCUCGCAUUUCUAUAUUGCAGGAACUGAUAUAAAUGAUGAGGAGUACGCUCUCUUUGUGGAGCACGUUGUCAAGGAAGUGAUGGAAUCAUACUCUUUGAAGAAUGGAGAUUUUCCUUUGUUGUAUCCUCAUGAAGCUACCAUUAUACUCUUCAAGUUUGAAUUGUGUCUCUUAAUCUUGUUACCGAUGCUUUUGAUACUUUGUUAUUGUUGCUUUUGAGACUUUAUAUCACAUUUUGUUAUAUGGGUUCUCAACUUAUAUAUCUAAAUAUUUUGAAACUUUA